AUGAACGAUUUCUUCGACGACGACGAUUUUGAUGACUUGAAUGACAUUGCCCUUCAAGAGCUCGAGAACAACGCCAUCCAGUUCACCCAGAUACAGCGCAAACCCGACUCUCCACAACCCAUUGAUCGUUCCCAAGUCGAAACCUACGACGACAUUGAGUUCGAAGACGACGACCUCGACGACACAGAGGUAACCAACGAGCUUUUGCCUCCCCUCGCGCGUCCUGUCGCAGACAAGACCCUCACCCACCAUCCGCCCCAACCCUCGAGACAUACUGCGCUUCCACCCCAGCAGCGGUGGAACCCACCGCCUGCACCCGCCAACCCCCCGGUCCUCUCCUCGCGGCCGCGAUACCCUCCGCCGGUGCCGUCAUAUGUUCACCCGAAUCCUUCACAGCGUUUUGCAACCGGCCCAGCCAUCGGUACUUCCUACCGUCCUCAUCCCAGUCCAUACCUCCGGCCUCCCGUUUCGUCCCGCCUCGUCCUUCAGCAGUCACAGUCGCAAGCCCCUGCGGUAGUCGGCAACGACGUCGUCGCUGCCCUGCAACAACGUGUCAACGCCCUAGAGUCCGAGCUCAACUCCACCCGCGGCGAGGUCUCCAUCAUACGCACCAAUUCCACAAAGGCUGAGCAAGACCACGCUGCCGAGGUUGCCCGUCUCAAAAAGCAGAAUGCCGAACAGGCUGCGAGGCAGGAGAGGGCAGUCGAGGCCGCCGUGGCUGCCGAGAGACAGGCCACCACCGAGUUGCAGUUUUUACAACGAGACAUGAAGGACGCAUCGAGCCGGCCUCGUCCGAGGGAGACGGCUCCGAUUCCUGCCGCGCCGGGGACAACCACGCCCAAGAAGACAACCAAAACGUGGGGCAUGGCCGACGGCUUCGACGACAUGGACAUUGCCCUGAGCCCGAGCAAGACGAGGGGCAAAACUCGAGAUGCUGGACCCGUCGCAGUGCCUCUCUCCGAGAGGACACCAACCAAGGGCAAACGGAAAAGACCCACUGUCGACAGUCCCGUCAUGGCUUUGGAAACCCACGCCGAAGACAUCAUCAUGGUCGACGAAGUGGCGACUGUGCCCUCCGCGGUUCGUCAUUCGGGUCCUGUUCCGAACACGCUCCCUUUUGAGUUCCUUCAGGUCAUAUUAGACCAUGGAUCCCUGCAUGGAGAGCCGCCUACGUUUGACAUCUUGUCGCGUUACUCAUAUCCGUCCGAUCCAGCAACAUCCUUCGCCUCUCUCAUCUUUCGGGAACUGCCUCUGAUGGGCAACCCGUCGAAUCCGGUUCAACUGCUGAUAGACUUCGCCCGCCACGUCGUCUGUAUGUGGAGUAAAUGCUUGGACGAGGGCUUCCUGCGGCCAAUAUGGGACUUGGCCUCUCUCCUUUCCUUUACUCUCCAGUUACAAACCAUUUCAGUGGUCCCGCAGAUCAUCGAGGAACUAGUCCCCGUUCUGCAACAAUCCAUCUACAUGGUUGCUGAGGCACGGUUCAAGAGCAUAGAUGGCAAUAUCUCAUCCGAUUCCAACGCGGAAGCGAUGCAACAGCAGGUCGAUACGACGUACAUCCUCUCUCUUCUCCACGCCUCGGCCGCGGCCUGCGCCACCACCUUGACAGAAACGGACAAUGGUGUGCAAACGAGACAGGCUGGCUUCUGGCAGUUGGUCACCCUCGACCUGGUUCUUAUCUUGCUGACGCCUAAACAACGCCUCGACGACAUCAUCGGCAUGCUUGACAUGCUCUGCACUUCUACCCUGCCUAGCUCCAUCGGCCCCAUCAUUCCGGGAAAGGAGCCCGAUUCGGUCGCCAGAAUGGUGAUUGACAAAGUGUCUCUCAACCUUGUUGACUUGCCCCGAGCCGCCUCUUCGACAGGCCAGAACCACGCCGUGAGAUGCGCUGUCCUGCGGACCCUCAUGGCCUUUGCUCGCACCCCAUAUGGAGCACGACAGAUCGCGGGCCACGUCAGUGUCAUACCACGCCUGGUCACAGCGCUGAGCGAACUGGUUGAUGUCCUGUACGACAUUCCGGACCCUGUGGUGAACGCCGUUAGUGGCGGCGGCCCUACCCAGGCGCGCAGGGACGGGGCCGUGAGUGCCACCCCGGAUAAUCCCCGCGAAAGUGCCGACGGGUUGGGCAAUGAUGAUGAUGAUGACGAUGACACUGAUGACGGCGGCCGCAGCGGCCCUUCCCUCUUGAUAUCUCAAAUCAUUCUGCUACUCCAUACCCUGGUGACGGACCCCAAUACAGCCAACGUUGCCAACAUUCUCCAAAAACUCUCCGUAUCCCACGGAGGCUCCCAGCGGUACAUCCUCUCCCUCUCGAGACUCAACUUUGCCGAGGAGGAUUUGGUGUACGAGGCGGCCGUCGAUGCAGAUACGGUGGACAGGGCGCAUGAACUGCUGGAGCUUGCCGUAACUCCGGACGAAGGCGACAGUAUCGCAGCGUCCUUCGGGGUGUAA